UCAAAUUCUCUUUGAAAAUGCUUGCAUUCAAACCUGAAGAACAGUUACAGCUAGUUGAACGUGAAGAAAUCGAUGAUGAAGAAGACUUAUUUGAAGCUAUUGAUAAACUGAUAACUCAUGGAAUCAAUGCUGGGGAUGUGAAGAAGCUGCAAGACGCAGGUAUCUACACCUGCAAUGGCUUGAUGAUGCACACGAAAAAGAACUUGACUGGGAUCAAAGGGUUAUCCGAGGCAAAAGUUGACAAGAUAUGUGAAGCAGCUGAGAAGAUAGUGAACUUCGGCUAUAUUACUGGGAGUGAUGCUCUGCUCAAAAGGAAGCAAGUAGUUCGCAUUACAACUGGAAGUCAGGCACUGGAUGAACUCUUAGGAGGAGGGAUAGAAACUUCAGCAAUCACUGAAGCUUUUGGUGAAUUCAGAUCUGGAAAGACACAACUUGCUCAUACUCUAUGUGUCUCUACUCAGCUUCCUACCAGUAUGAAGGGAGGGAAUGGAAAGGUGGCUUACAUUGACACUGAGGGAACAUUUCGUCCAGAUCGUGUUGUGCCCAUUGCUGAAAGAUUUGGAAUGGACGCAGGAGCAGUUCUUGACAAUAUCAUUUAUGCUCGUGCAUAUACGUAUGAACAUCAAUACAACCUACUUCUUGGUCUGGCAGCAAAGAUGGCUGAAGAGCCUUUCAGACUUCUGAUUGUUGACUCUGUGAUUGCUUUAUUUCGAGUGGAUUUCACUGGAAGAGGAGAGCUUGCAGAUCGUCAGCAAAAGCUGGCUCAGAUGCUGUCCCGACUGAUAAAGAUAGCUGAGGAAUUUAAUGUUGCUGUGUACAUGACCAAUCAAGUUAUAGCUGAUCCAGGAGGUGGUGUGUUUAUAUCAGAUCCAAAGAAACCAGCAGGAGGUCAUGUCCUUGCUCAUGCAGCAACUAUAAGACUAAUGUUCAGGAAAGGCAAAGGAGAACAGCGUGUCUGCAAGGUGUAUGACGCACCAAAUCUUCCAGAGGCUGAAGCAGUUUUUCAGAUAACACCUGGAGGAAUUGCAGAUGCGAAGGACUGAAGAUCAGCUAGGACUUGCAACAGAGAGCUGCCUAUGUUAACUUUCUGCUUUCAUAUUUUGAUGCUUACUUUUUAAUGUCAGCUACAAAUAUAUUAGCAUAGCAUGAAUAAGUUUGUAAGCCAAUGUUUUCUUACACUUAUCAUGGUUCGUGUGCAGUGUUAUCACUAUUAUAGUUAGUUUCUUGCUCCUAGAAAAUCACAAUCUUAAGAGUCUAGUUGUCUUGUAUUAUCACAGACGAUUCACAAAAUGUAGACAUGCAAUAGCAAUAAUAGACACAUGCUUCUGUUGG